AUGGGCAAAAGAAGAGUCAGGACGGGCUGCCAGACAUGCCGGAUUCGCAAGGUCAAAUGCGAUGAAGGCUAUCCGGCGUGCCGUCGGUGUCUUUCCACUGGCCGCACCUGUGAUGGAUAUGGGAUCUGGGGCGGCGGGAGCUCCAACAGGCUGACGAAACCUUCUGUCGUCGCUGUGAACUCUGCACUUGUCAUCCGACCAAUAUCAGAUUUCCUACUGUCCACGAGGACCGACAAUGAAGAGGGCCGUUAUCUUAACUGGUUCAAAGAACGCACUGGGUCGAAAAUGUCAGGUUCCUUUUUCUCAGAAUUCUGGAGCGGCUUCGUCCUACAGGCUGGUAUGAGCGAUCCCGCAGUGUUGCAGUCCAUCCUUGCCCUAAGCUCGGUCCAUCGGCAAGGCAUCUUGAACGAUGAUGGUCUCAAGACAGGGGACGAGGAAAAGGUGGCUCUGACCCGCUAUAGUAAGGCGAUUAAUUAUCUGCAGCCUCAUUUCAGGGCAAAGGACCGGACUGCCUUCCGGAUAGCUCUCAUUGUCUGCAUUGUGUUCAUUGCGCUAGAGCUGCUUCGAGGCCAUUUUGAAGCGGCACGUAUCCAUCUUCAACAGGGCUUGAACCUCCUCGAAGGGUCAGGUCUCUCGAAAAGAAAAGGACACAUUAUUGUAGGGCAGAGUCAAGAGUAUGUUGAUGACUGGAUUGUGCAAGCAUUAUCCAGGUUGCACAUUCAAGUCGAGCUACUUAAGCAAGUCCACCGUGGUUCUUCUCUACGGCUCCAGAUCCCUUACUUGCAAUGUAAAUCAUCUACGUUCCCCUCUGUGAAAGAGGCGUGGUCCUGGCUUCACCACCAGAUGGGAACUGUCUUUCAUUUGAAUGGAGAAGUGCUUGGACACGUCUGUCCGAAGAGCGAUCCCCCAGCAGAGCUGUUCCAGCGUCAGCAAUCCAUCCAUGAGAAUCUUACCCAGUGGCUGAACACAUACAAUGCCACUAUCCAGGCCAUGAACGGCCGUAUGCCCAAAGAUCAGGCGCAAAUCUACGGGCUGCUUCGCGCAUAUCACAAUAUGAUAACUAUCAUGGCGGCGACCUGUCUCUUUCCUGGCGAUGAAAUGGUCUUCGACCUGCAUACCGACCAGUUUCUGGAAAUGAUCACUAUGCUGGCGCAACUCUGGAAAUUCCUCUCGAGGUAUUCCGCUUUUGGCUCUCGACCCGCUCAGUUCUUCAUGUCGCGUUCGAUAGGAGACAUGGGCUGGAUUGCUCCACUCUACUAUACCGCCAUCAAAUGUCGCGUGCACCGGAUUCGACUCCACGCUGUCCGGCUGCUGGAAGCUAGCUUCCACAGGGAAGGGUUCUGGGAUUCACAGAUCUUGGCGUUCGUAGCGCGAAAGGUGAUGGAGAUUGAAGAGGGGGACUUCUAUCAGCUUCUAGAUUCGGUGGAAGAAUUUGCGCUGCAUCGCCCUCCAAGGCAUGUAGAUAUGCUGUUUCCGGCCCUGCCUGAAUCUUGCAGACUGUCCGAUGUCGAAGUGAGUCUGUUGGGCGAUCCUGUCAGUACGAUUUCAAUUCUGGGCAACCCGAGCGGCCACGGAACAGGUCGCAAAAUCUGUGUUGCAAGUUACGAGGUCGCAUUUUGA